CAACCCUUAAAUUCCUCUCUUAAAAUUUCCAUGCAUUCUCAAGAAGUGUAACAAACUCUCUCUUUCCCAAAAGACUUUCCUUUCUUUUUCCUUUCAUUUCUCACUUGAUCUAUUCUACUACAAAUUCACCAUACCUAACAUAAUAUUCGUCACAUACACUCAUAAAACCCCAUUCUUUCUUCUAAGAAAAAAGAAGACAUUCACACUUCUAUCAAGAAUUCAUAAGAUAUUAGUAACAAGGUUGUGAAAAUGUUUCGGGUCGUGAUUUUUCUCUUAUUUUUGAUUGCUGUACCAAUAAGCAAUGGAUUAAAUCCAAGAAAACUUGAUGAGGUAGAUGAAAAUAAGUGUGGAGGUUGUCCUUGUAACAAGCCUUGUGUUCCACCAUCUCCACCACCACCUCCACCAGCUCUUCCACCACCAUCACCACCGCCGCCAAAGAAACCACCAAGUGCCUACUGCCCUCCUCCUCCUUACGGUGGCGGUGGAAGUGGUGGUGGCGGUGGUAGUGGUGGUGGUUAUGUUCCCGAUACACCAAAUUCACAAUAUAUAUACAUGACUGGUCCACCAGGGAAUCUAUACCCUGUUGACCAUGAUUUUGGUGGUGCAAAAAGGAGCUUUUCUAGUGGAUUUUCACUUUUGAUCGGUGGAUUUUUCUUGGGAUUGCUUUCCUUUUGGUAAAAUUCUGAAUAGCAAGAGGACAGAAUCAAAUUCUAUGAGUAAAAGGAGACGAAUAAGAGGAAGAAGAAGAGAUGAAACAGCAGAUUUCAAAGACCAAAAAUUUAGUGGCUAUGAAUAUUCUAAUUUUAUAAUUAAUAGGUUGGUGCUUAGCUGUUAUAUCUUGAUAUUCUCGUGUCUCAUACUUCUAAUAACCUUAUUAAUUUUCUUCCACUUUUUUUUUUGGUAAAAUUAAUUAUCAAGCCUUUUCAAGAGACAUAUUAUCAUCUGCUCAUAUUUAUCUUC